UGGAUACAUUCGUAUUUCUGAGCAAUCGAGAUAAGUUUUUCUACUAAAUGCAACUAGCAACAUCUGAUGAUCAUUUAAGUGUUUUUUUAAGAAAUGGACAGAACUAAUAAAAAAACAAUGCCUUAUUUUGUUCAGCCUAACAAGCCUGCUGAAGAGUCUUCUUUAGACACUUUGCUACCUGAUUUUCCAAGUGGCAUGAAUCUUUCUGAGCAAAUGGCAAUGUUUAGUGACCUAGCUAGUUUGACUGACGGGGAUUAUACAGAGAGAUUUGAAAUUGCUGCUUUGAUAAAGCGACGUCUUCGUUUUUAUUUUCCAAACUGUGAAGUUUUAUUGUUCGGCUCUACAGUAAAUGGUCUUGGUUUUAAAGGAUGUGAUUUAGAUUUACUCUUCUUGUCUUACCCACAAUAUAGCAAUACUCCUGAUGAUCCUGAAGAAAAAGUAUCCUUAAAGGUUAGACUAAAAGACAUAAAUUUAAGACUAAUUUCAAAAGAAACACUUCUGAAACUGGAUGAAACAUCACUUUUGCAGUUUAUCAAACAAGAACUUUUCAGAGUGAGAGAAAUUAGAAAAUUAAUUUAUAUUCCUGCAAAACAUCCAAUUUUGAACUUCAAUGCAGGAGAAUCCUCAAUUACUUGUGAUUUAUCCGCUAGCAACAGGCUUGUGUUUUAUAAUUCAGCGCUGCUGAACUUUUUUUUAAAGAUUGAUCGCAGGGUGAAGCUGCUAGCUAUGUGCCUUCGCUUUUGGGCUAAAAAGUUGAAUUUUAUAAAGAAAGGAGAAUUCACAAGCUAUGCUUUUACACUCAUGAUAAUAUUUUUCCUUCAAAAUGUUCAACCUCCAAUUUUGCCAUCUGUGAAACAACUUAGUGACAGUAGUGGAUACUCACGAAUGGUAGAUGGCUGGGAGUGUUCUUUUACUGAAGAUUUACAAGGAUUACAUUCUGAAAAUGAGGAAACACCUGAUGUUCUACUUUUGAAGUUUUUUGCAUUUUACUGGCAGUUAAACUUCACCAGCAAUGUAAUUAGUACGUACGUUGGCAAGGCUAUUCCUGUGAAAGAUCUAUUGAACUUUAGUGACGAAAGAAUGAAACAGUUUGAGGUGUCCCCUAUAUGUGUUCAAGAUCCUUUUAUAUUGUCCAAGAAUGUUACUGCUAAUGUAAAUCAUAUUGCAGUUCAUUCUUUCAAACAAGCCAUGGUUGAAGCAUAUAAUAUGUUGCAGAAAGCUGGGAAUGAACUGCAGUUAACUCAUUUUUUCAACCUGAAAAGGUUUGAAUAUUCGAAACAUUCGUCAGGUGGGAGUCGUAUAAUUGUGAUACAUCCGAGUCUUGAUGAUUUUCAACUAUUUGAGAAUGAAAAUCAAUGGUACUCUGAAGUGGCUUGGGGAGUACACGAAGUUCUGGACUUUGUGCUUCUAUUUGAAUGUGAAGUUAUUGAUAUGGACAGCAGAAUGCCAAAUUCAUCAUUCCGAAAGAAUUUUACCUCAAAAGACUUCAAUCUAAAUGUAACGGAAGAUUCCAAAGAUUUUCCUUUGAUGCAGAAUGAUCCUGUAAUGUUUUCUGAAAUGCUUUCCAAAAAUAUUGAAGUUGAGCUUGACCUUCUAUUGUCCAUCCAGUGUUCAGUGUAUCUUCGCACAUGGUUUAAUCGUAAAAAUAUUAGCGAAGCAUUUCAAGGUGAAACCGAUGAGGUGCUAAAUGGCAAAAAUGUUAGUGGAACAGUAGAAAGUGAAGCCUUAAAUCCUGUUUUACGUCAGGAACGUUCCAUCUCUAAUGCGAUACUUGCUAGUAGUCCUCUACUAACCUGCUCAGAGCCCAUGCUUUGGUUUCGGUGUGACAUUUAUAAAUAUAAUAAGAAAGAACUGUCAGAUAUUGUUGUGAUGCUUGUACCACUUAAGCCAGCCAAAGAGAUAACUGCUGUAUUUAUGUUUCUGCAUAGUUUUCUACCAAAGACUGUGAUAAGAUAUUUAAGAUCUAUGAAGCAAUCUGCUGAGUCAUAAAAUCGAAUGUAUUUGAUGUGCACAGUACUGUUGUUGGGAAGGAAUUAUUUGGGAUAACACACCUAUUUACAGGAUAGAUGCAUUUUUGUUGGACCAAAAAACAGGUCAGUUUAGAUUAUUUUUGCCUACUAUUAUUUUUUUAUAUGAAAAAGGAUCAAACAAGCUUUGUGGUACAAUAUGAUUAAAGUGAAAAGCCAAUGUAAAUAAAGCACAAAUUCUGAAGAAAAUACAGUAAACAGGUAUUUUAAGGCUACAAUGGGAUCUCUUCAUCAGUGCAAAAAGUUCACUGCACAGCCAGAAAGUCGCGAGAGAACUGACUCGUGACUUAACUAAACAGCCCUCUCCUGA